AUGAGAACGUCCCUCUUUUACGCCCUCAACGGGGCCCUCGGGGUGGUCGCCCACGAGUCGCUUGCCCAUUUCAAGAUUGAAUCCGGCAAAGAAGAGCAUCACUCUCUUGAAGGAUGCUCAAAGGAUGGCAAGCACAAGUGGGUUCCCGACCCUGCGACAUUUGUCUUCCCUGAGAACGACUACAAGCCCGGCAACUCCUGGGAUCUCUGUGUCGGCACGUCUCAUUGCGCCCCCCACGAGGCCCUGACUCAGGUGUCCUUCGAUUUCAAGGACAACGGCAUCGUCUUCAACUUCAAGCAUAUCGACCACUACAAGUACGAAGAUGUAGCCGUCUACAUCGAGCGUGGUCAGCCUCCCACAGAGGACUCUUUCAAGUACAACAAGAAGAGCGACCACUGCAAAGCCAAGAACGACUACAAGGAGGCCAAGUGCUUGGUUCCCUUCUUCUCCCUCUCGGAUGGCGGCUCUUACAGCGACCUCUGUCCCCUCGAGGACAAUGGAGGCUGGAGACUUUACAUCAAGGUCAAGGCCACCGUUUCCCACGGGCAAAAGAAGUACGAGCUCUACAGCCGCUCUCCCGAUAUCAACGAGAAGUACUUCGUUGUCAGCUACACCUGCGCUGAGUGCAAGGAGUACAAGCACAAGAAGAUCGAGUUGAUUGAGGAAAAGGAAGAAGCAGAGGCCGAGGCCGAAGAAUCUGAAGAAGAAAAGGAGUACAAGAAGAAGAAGGAAGAGGCUGAGGAAGAGGCCGAGGAGGCUAAGAAGAAGUACAAGAAGAAGAAAGAGGAGGAAGAAGCUGAAGCUGAGGCUGAAGAAGAAAAGGAGAAGAAGUAUAAGAAGAAGAAGAAGGAAGAGGAGGAAGCCGAGGCUGAGGCUGAGGCGGAGGAAAGGAAGAAGAAAUACAAGAAGGAGGAAGAGGAGGAGGCUGAAGCUGAAGAGGAAGAAGAGAAGCACAAGGAGCAUCAUCAUGAGCAUUACCACAAGCAUCACCAUAACCAUGGUCACAACCAUGCUCAUCGUCAUGGACACAGACACGGUCACCUCCACGGUCAUCUUCACAAGGAGCAUCACCAUCAUGAUCACCGCCAUAAGAACCAUCAUCAUGACCCUCAUCAUAAGCAUCAUGCUCGUUCUUAUGAUCAUCAUGACCACCAUAAGUACCACGAUCCUGUACAUUACCAUCAUGACCACCACGAUGGUCACAAGCAUCACGAUCCCGGUCACCACGGUCAUCACGAUGGUCAUGAUCACUACAAGCUCCAUCACUACUAUGAUCCCAACAGCCACCGCGACUUCAAUGCUUUCUUGGACGACUACUUUAAGCACUUCGGUUAUCACUACCACCACGCCGAUCCCGGUCAUCGCCAUGGCCAUCACAGUCAUCAUGACGGCCAUCAUCAUGGUCACCACGAUGGUCACCACCACCAUGAUCCUUACAAGCAUCUCUACGGCGAGCAUCACGAUGGAAACCACCAUUAUGAGCACCACGACGGAAAGCAUCACCACAAUGAGCAUCACAAGCAUCAUCAUGUUGAGCACCACAACCAUCACCACGGUCACAACGAGCAUCAUAACCAUCAUCACGGUCACAAGCACCACCACGGUGAGCACCAUGAUGGAUAUAACCACCACCAUGCUCGCGGCUUACUCGAGGAAGAUGGAGAGAAGCACCAUGGACAUAAGCACCACCACGGACAUCAUCAUGGACAUAACCACAGCCACGCUCAUGACCAUGUUCACAAGCACCGUCACAAGCAUUUUGACGACCAUGUCCACUAUAAGGAGCAUCAUGUUUACUAUGACUAUAAGGACGAUGCCCACCACGACGGUCGCCACCAUGGGUAUGAUCAUCACGAUCCUCAAAAGUACCAUUAUGGUCAUCAUGAUGGCCACCACGGUCACCACGGUCAUCACCACCAUGAUCCUCAUAAGCAUCACUACAGCCAUGAGUACGACUACGGCCACUACAAGCGAUCUGAGCACAAGGAUCCAGUUACCAUCUACUACAAGGAAAAGUCCGAUCACUCUCGCACUCACAUUGAUGCUUCCAAGAAGGAAAAGGCAUCCAAGAGUGAGCUCGAGGCCGAGAAGCACAAGAAGCUUUUGGAAGAGGCCAGCAAGAAGGACGAGUACAAGUACAAGCACAAGGGCGAUCCUGAGCACAAGUAUCACUCCGAAGAGGAUAAGUACAAGCAUGAGAAAGAGCACGGGCACAAGUACAAGUACGGACCCAAAUACGAGCAUGAGCAUGAGCAUGAUAAGAGGUCUGCUCCCGAGCAUGGUGAUUACAAGUCCAAGGAGGAGGUCAAAGAGGUUCUGAAGGGACACUUCCAAGAGGCUCUCAACAAGUUCUACCGCGCUUACUUCGCAAAGAAGGAGCACAAGCACUAUGAGCACGAGAAGCCUGAGGAGAAGUACGACUCUGGUCACUACAAGCACAAGGAGUACAAGCAUGAGGAACCUGAAAAGGAACACCACUCUGGUCACCAUGAGCACAAGGAGUACGAACCUAAGCACUACGAGCAUAAGGAGCAUGAGCCUAAGGAAGAGCACAAAGAGCACCACUACAAGCACCCAAAGGAGCAUGAGCACGAGCACGAGCAUGAGCCCAAGAAGUACCAUCAUGAUGAGAAUGAGGAACAUGAAGAACAUGAGGACAAGCCUGAAAGGAAGCAUCACUACGGCCAUGAGCAGAAGGAGCAUGAGCAUGAGCACGAGCCCACCACCGAGUUCGAGAAGUCCUCUCACUAUUCCGCCAAGAAGGCGAGCUUGGAGAGUGAGAAGGAAAAGGCCAAACACGAGGCUUUGGAGAAGCUUUGGGAUGCCCGCAUCACUCAUGAGCGCAAGUUCAAAGAGAAGCUUUUCUUCCUUGAAGUCGGCCACUGGGGCAAGAAGGGUGCCCACAAGCGCUCUCUUGAGUCCAAGCCUAGCGAGGCUACUGAGAUUGACGUCAACAGUGCCAAGGUCGAAGAGUACAUUGAGGAAGCUGAGGACAAAAUCUUGGACAGAAUCGAGAAGGCCAUCCGAACAGCUAUCAAGAAGACCGGUGCGAACCCUAGCACUGAAACUAUCAUCGAGUUCCUCCAGAAGCUUGAGGAGGUCAUCGAGAAGGUAUUCGCAGAUAACUUCCACAAGAUCGUCCGCCGCAUCGUCAAGAUUAAGGGUGUUGCAAAGCCUGAUGAGGAUCUCAUUUAUGAUACUCUUACUAUUGCUAUCCAGGAUACCGUCAAGAUUGCCGACAAGAUCUUCGUCAAGGCCAUCAAGGAUCUGGGCGAUAGCCCUUCAGAUGAGGAGGUCGAACACGCCAUCAAGACGGUUCUGAAGCUUCUCGAUGAGGUCAUCGACAAAGAAAUCCGCAAGGCCCUCAUAAUCAUCUUCAAGUUGGAGGAGGAGACCGCUGAGACUACUGAAUCCACCGAGCAUGGUAAGCACGAUAAGCGCUCCGAUCCCUAUGACGACACCACGGUCGAGAAGGCUGUUGAGAAGACCGUUGAGAAAUGGGCUGCUAAGUACGUCGAGGAAGAUGAGAAGAAGCACAAGCCCCUGAAGCGCUCCGUGCGAUUCGCCCGACUCUACAACUGA